UAUACUUGUGGGAAAAGAAACAAUCACUACCACGRYACCCAGCUAAAACAUGCGCUUGUUUURCACCGCCGUUGCGAUCUUCGUUGUCAUAGCAACCGCACCGACGGUGAGAGCAAUAUCCGAAGAUUACAGCAAGGGCAACGAMGGUGCAGACGAAGGUAUUCGUAGAAGUGGCCAUCGUAGAUGGCUAGGGGUUCAGCAACGAGAACAAAACGUACAAGAACAAGAACGAGAAUUGCAAUCCACUUCUUGCACCAGGUGCCGGAAAGGUUCGGCGGCUAGGUUUUCGAACUUCGACACACGGGAAGAAAUUUUCGAUCAGCUCAACCCCUCGGAAUACAAAUCCGURAUCGAUUUUGUAACUUCGGACGGUGCGAACAUUGCAGAUGGCACCAAGGAGGACAUCGGCAACGCCAACAGAGCACUGAAUCGCAACUACGUUGUCUUUGUGCAGCUAUUCCCACCUCCCAAAGCGGAGGCCAUUGCGUACCUGGACCGCCGGACGGACACCCCACCGGAGCGCUAUGCGAUUGUCACCGUGAAUCGUGGUCGCCAGCGCCCACGAGACAUGAUGCAGUACAAAAUAGGCCCCCUGGUAAACGGGAGAGUCCGAUCCCAAAACACGGUCGUCGAGAAACUGUUGAGGGACAACGAGAUUCCGUGGGCGAUGCGGGGGAACUACCAUUCCGUCACCGAUCAUUUCGACGAGGCGAUCCACAARUCUGCCUACGUCCUGCGAGAACUGUUCAAGGCUACCACGGGUGGAUUCUGCAUCGGUGGGCCCGAAUGCGACGGAGACGACAAAAUGAGGUACAUCCAGUACGCGAACAUGGCCACCAGCCCAACAAGACGCGUUUCGACCGUGCAUUUCAUACUCCGUGACGACAAAAGGGAGUUUGGACCAUCGUGUCUCUUACCRGUUCCGAUSAGUUUCCACGUCGUGGAGGAUCCCGACAGGGACCCCAGCGAGUGGGAGACCACCAAUUUCGAGUACUGCUACCAGGGCCCCUUCGAAUCCCCCGAGGCUCUGCUCGAUGCCAUAUACGCCGGUGAGGUCAGAGCGUGUAGGGUGCCAUCCAGAAACAAGGAGUGGACGUCCGUGGAUCCGGUGGAACCCAUCCGACCGGAUGCGACCAUCAAGGAACCGAUUUCCUUCCAUUCGAGCGGGAAACGCUACGUCAUYAACUCCUCGACGAGUGAUCGCCGCAUUUUGUCGGAGGAUCACCAAAACACCAGCAACGAGAACGAGAAACCGGUGCAAGAAGGGGAUACCRCAGCUGCUCGAAAGAGGCAAUUGCGCUUCACCGAUUUUGUUUCCGAAACCRAACCAUCUUCGGAAUCCAACCAAAAGAAAUCCACGACAAACCGAAACCUUCAAACCGUUCGAGGCGGUGGAGGCGACGGAACGGGGCAUCGGUAAGUUACCAACAGAGAUUUUGCUUURACAAAUGCAAUCGAAUUACCACAACCUUUUCUCACUGUCCGUUUUSUCUUGUUCUYGUUGCAAWAAUAAURUAAUGACGAUAACAUCUUUAGGGUUUCCUGGCUGGGUUGGAGCUUUCAUGUAUCCUCAGACCAAAUGCAUGGAAUUGUUUUGCGGAAUCUUUCCUUCAWGGGCGAACGUCUGGCCUAUGAAUUGAGUUUCCAGGAAUUCUUUGCCAGUUAUUCUGCCAUGGGUUCCCCUGGUCAAACCGUGUACUUCGAUACCAAUUGGGAAGUUGGGAAGUACUCACCCCUCGAGCUGGGCCUGGAUUGCCCAGAAGACGCGACACUCCUUCCGAUGAUUCAGCACGAUGGMGACAGGGCGGAGAUAUCCAAAAACCUCCUUUGCAUAUUCGAGCAACCCUACGGAGAACCCAUGUGGCGGCACGAAUUUUCAAAAGAAAACGACAAGAUCAAGGGAAUUCCUCGAACUGCCCUGCAAAUUCGGGUGGUCAGCGUCCUCGGGAAUUACGAUUACAUACCCACGCUCAGCCUGAUGGCCGAUGGCGUUUUGGAGGUCAAGGUCGAAAUGGGUGGGUACCUCCAAGCCGGAUACAGCGUGGAAAACAGCGACAACAAUCCCGAGGUCCCAUGGUUUGGAACCAGGUUGCGCGACAAUAUGGCRGGCCUGAUGCACGACCACCUUGUCGGUGUCAAGGCCGAUCUGGAUGUUGGCGGCCCCUCCAACACGCUCAAGGCUGGAAAAAUCAAAUACGGGACCUACGAGGAGGCCACAGGAGGAAAACAUCCUUAUCCUGGCUGGCAUUCCUACAAYGGUGUCAAGUACAUGGACUGGACGACCAUCGACAGCGAGCGGGGAAUUUCCCAUUCGGACUACGAUGCUAUCGUCGUCGAAUCCAACACCAAAAACCGAUGGGGRGCACACCGUUCGUACGAGAUCGUCUUCGAGCACAGCGUUCCACGCCAGGUGUUUCCAGAGAGCCACCCCCUGGCGGCCGCCACGGCCUGGCAGUACAGCAACGUGGCCAUAACGCGGCAAAAAGACUCGGAGCGCUAUUGUUCAUUUCCCACCAACUAUCAAAUCGGCCAGUCCGUGCCGUCGUACGAUCUACGAGAAUUCCAGAGGGAUCAGGAGGACGUCGUGAACCAAGACCUGGUCUUUUGGAUCAUGUUCGGCCUCCAGCACUACCCGAAGGCCGAGGACGUCCCGCUUGUCUCGAACUUCGGAUCUGGAUUCCUUUUGAAACCCCGGAACAUGUACGAUCGUGCCGCCUUUGAGGAUCUCCCCGACAACCGGGAGCAAGAUCACCCGGAGUGCGUUUCCCCUACGAUAUUCAAGAGGUAAAUAUUUUAAAGAAAGAAAGAGGCGAGUCCGACCGGUAUGAUAGGGAACCAUGAAAAUURUACCGUUCUCGGGACCAAAUAGACGGGUAGAUAGAUG